UAAACAAACAUCAUCCCUCGCCCCCACCGGAUAAGACCUCACAAUUCUUGUCGGUUUCUCAGAGCCAAGAAACGAUGGAAGAAAGUGUGAAAUUGGACAGAUGGGGAUACGAGGUUAGAACAUCCUCUCAUCACUGCAUUUCAGCCAUCAACUCCUACUACUAUCAGGAGCUCAGCUAUGGUAGAGAGAGGUCUGUGAUUCUGGAAGCGGUGGCUCAUGACAAAGACUGUGUCUUGGCCAACAUCUUAGCAUCCCAUUUCCUUUAUUCCUCUGCUUCUUCUAAAGCUCUCCCUCUUCUUCAUGCCGCUAAGUCACACCUUGAACAUGCAACCUUGUACGAGAAACUAGUUUUCGAUGCCAUCAGUUAUUUGAUAUCUGUAGAUAGAGACGAUGAUGUAGCUGUUGAAUUGCAUUCUAAGGCUUCUUAUGCAAACAACUAUUUCAAUGUUUCAAUUUGGAAUGUCACAAUUACUGAUUCCUCAAAGUCAAAUAAUCUAGCAUCAAGUUUGGAAUGA